AUGGCAGCGGCUCCCAAAUUCCCUCAACGCAAGAUUGGAGAGGAUUUGGUCUCUGCCCUCGGCCUUGGAUGCAUGGGCAUGUCGAUUGUCCUCUCGUCUGGCCCAUACGACGAAAAAGAGUCUCUCAAAGUUCUCACUGAGGCAGCUGACGUGGGCAUCAAUUUCUGGGUCACCAGCGAUUCGUACGGCCCUUUUACCAAUGAGAAGCUCAUCGGCAGAUGGUUCAAGGAGACCGGACGGCGGGAUGAGAUCUUCCUUGCAACCAAAUUCGGAAUUAGGUUGGGAGAUGGCAAGAUAAAAAUCGAUGGAAGCCCAGAUUAUGUGAAAGAAGCAUGCGAAGCGAGCCUCGAGCGCUUAGAGACUGACCACAUUGAUCUAUAUCUCCAGCACCGAGUGGACACUGAGACGCCCAUUGAGAAGACGGUUGGAGCCAUGGCUCAGCUCAAGAAAGAAGGGAAAAUUCGCUACCUUGGGUUGUCGGAGUGCUCCGCUCGAACGUUAAGGAGAGCUCAUAAGGUGCACCCGAUCACCGCGGCCGAGAUGGAAUUCUCGCCCUUCGCACUCGACAUCGAGUCGGACCAGACCAACUUCUUGACGACCGCGAGAGAGUUGGGUGUUAAACUCGUCCUGUACUCACCGUUGAGUCGUGGAUUCCUUACCGGAACGGUCAAGAGUAGAGACGACUUCGAUAAGGCGGAUACGCGCAGACUACAUCCUCGAUUCUCCGAGGAGAACUUUGGAGAUAAUCUGAAGCUGGUUGAGGCACUGGUGGCGCUUGCAAAAGAGAAAGGCUGCACACCUGGUCAAUUGGCUCUGGCAUGGGAACUGGCUCAGGGUGAUGACUUUAUUCCAAUCCCGGGUACCAAACACAUCAAUUAUUUGAAGGAGAAUGCCGGUGCCGUUCAUGUCGAUUUCUCUAAGGAAGACGAGAAGAAGUUCAGAGAGGCCAUCGAGAGGGUCGGUGGAGCAAAGGGAGCUCGUUAUCCGGAGGCUUUCCUGUCGAUGUGUUUUGGAGACAGCCCCGAACUUGUUCCUGACUGA